CCGCGCGAAUAAUAAAAGGCUUCAGGCGCGAGGCGGGAGUUGUUGUUCCGGCGCGCGCGCGCUGAAGAGAGGAGCUCGCGCAGAAAUGGAGCCGCUGCUGUUCUCCGCUCAGACCUGGACGCUCCUGGUCGCGUUCAUCACACUCUUAUUUCUAUAUGCGUACUGGCCGUAUGGAACAUUUAAGAAAAUGGGCAUUCCUGGUCCCACACCUGUUCCUUUUUUCGGCACCAUGCUGGCAUAUAGAAAGGGAUUCACAAAUUUUGACACGCAGUGCUUAAAGAAAUAUGGGAAAAUAUGGGGGAUUUUUGAUGGUCGUCAGCCCGUGCUGUGCAUCACCGAUCCUGCCAUGAUUAAAACAGUUCUGAUAAAGGAGUGUUAUUCUUUCUUCACCAAUCGCAGAAAUUUUCAUUUGAAUGGGCCGUUGUACGAUGCUGUGUCCGUCGCCGAGGAUGACCACUGGAAGAGGAUUCGCAGCAUCCUCUCUCCAUCCUUCACUUCAGGAAGACUGAAGGAGAUGUUUGGCAUAAUGAAACGAAACUCUGCCAAUCUAAUCACCAGCAUGAAACAGAAGGCAGACAAGAAUGAGGCCUUGGAGUUAAAGGAGUUCUUUGGACCGUACAGUAUGGAUGUCGUAACCAGCACAUCCUUCAGCGUUGACAUCGACUCUCUCAACAACCCUUCAGACCCUUUUGUCGCCAACGUCAAAAAGAUGGUCAAGUUUGACCUUUUCAAUCCUCUCUUCCUCAGUGUUGCCUUCUUUCCCUUCCUCGGACCGAUACUGGAGAAGAUGGAGUUUUCUUUCUUCCCUUCGUCUGUCACGGAUUUCUUUUAUUCUGCACUGCAAAAGAUCAAGACGAAUCGGGAGUCGACUAAGAACAUGAACCGAGUGGAUUUCCUUCAGCUGAUGAUUGACUCCCAGAACAACAGCAACCCCAGUGGAACGUCACAGGACAAAGGUUUAACUGAUCACGAGAUCCUUUCUCAGGCUAUGAUUUUUAUCUUUGCUGGCUAUGAAACAACCAGUAGCUCUCUCACAUUCUUGUCUUACAAUCUGGCAACAAACCCUCGUGUUAUGAAACAGCUGCAGGAGGAGAUCGACUCCACCUUCCCGAACCAGGCACCUGUUGAAUACCAGGCACUUAUGCAGAUGGAGUACCUUGAAAGUGUUCUCAACGAGUCUCUCCGAUUGUACCCCAUUGCAUCACGUCUGGAGCGUGUUGCAAAGGCUUCUGUUGACAUCAAUGGCAUUGUGAUUCCAAAAGAUAUGGUUGUCAUGAUACCCACAUGGCCCAUGCACCGGGACCCUGAGAUUUGGUCUGACCCGGAGGAGUUUAAACCUGAGAGGUUCAGCAAGGAAAAUAAGGAAAUGAUUGACCCGUACAUCUACAUGCCUUUCGGCGCAGGGCCGAGGAAUUGCCUCGGGAUGAGAUUUGCUGUGGUGACAAUGAAACUUGCAAUUGUGGAGAUCCUCCAGAGGUUCAGCUUUGCUGUGUGUGAGGAGACUGAGGUCCCACUGGAGUUGGAUGUCCAGGGCUUACUAAUGCCAAAGCGACCAAUCAAACUGAAGCUGGUUCCACGUUAGAAGACUUCAAAUUAAGAGUACACAAGCCCGUCAAUAAAAAGUUAUUACAUAAAAUAAAGUGAUGUGUUUAUUACUGUAA